CUGUUACUCAGUAACCCUCUCUGUCUGUCUCCCUUUUUUUGCUCUUCUAGAAAACACAUUUAUGAGGCAAUGGGGACCUUUAACCUAAAGGAAAUCCUGUCAGCUCAGACGUUUUUUUGAUGACUGUGGUUCAUGCAGUGGAAUAGUCUUUGUGGAAUUCUCUUCUAUACCAGAGGACGUUGAAGGUAAAGAAUCUGAAGAUCACGUAAAGGAUUUUUGGAGGAGGCAUUAAGACACAUAAUUACACGAGAAGAAAAUGGAGGAAUCGGGUCUGAGCAUCAGCGCAGACAGCAUCAGGGUCACAGAGGUCACUGAGGAUGGAGAUGCCCUCAUCUUCACCAUCACCUCUCAGAAGCUAAACAGUGACGUGGGGGUCUGCGUUUGCCGCACGUUUGAGGACUUUGAGUGGCUGCAGCAGAGUCUGUUCAGUCAAGAGGAUGUGCCUGGACUGCAGGGGGUCAUAUUCCCACCGCUUCCAGGAAAACCACUGUCAUCUCCUCAGUCCCAAGCACAAGCCAAAGCUCUGAAACAACUUGGUUUCCUGGCCCUCGGAGAUGAUUGGAAGUCCUACUGCAAAGCCCUGGAGAUUUAUCUGCAGCAAGUGGCCAAUCACAGCACUCUCAGCAAAAACAAGGCCCUAGAAAGUCUGCUGACCAACUCAGAGCCUCCAGGGAAACAACGUGUGCAUAAGGGCAUCUUCAGUCGACUCAGCCAGGCUGUGGGGGAGCUGAGGAAAGAAAACCACAAGGAUCUUGAUGACUUCUUCCAAAAUGAGAGGAAUAACAAUUUGAGCAUGACUCAGUUCAGUAAGACUGCCACUGAGAAAUUCCUUGAGGUCGUGCUGUCAGAGCAAAAAUUAGCUGUGGCUUGUGGGCAUCUUUCCACCUCCCUUCAUCUGUGUGUGAAUCAAGAGGGCUCUGAUGCUGGGAACUUCUCCAAGAUUUGCAUGAAGCUCUCAGAAGUAAUUGAUGCAGUUAAGAGGAACUUUGAAAAGGUGGCUGACAAUAAUUUGUCCACCCUGGGGCUGGGCCUAGACAUGGAAUACCGUGGUCAAGAGGCUAAGAAGGAUAUGCUUUUCAGAAGAACUUGCAAACUAGUGGAGUUGGAGACAGCCGUCAAAAAUGCAGAAAAGGCAAAACCCAACAAGAAAGCCAUUAUGGAAGAGGUGAAGAAAGUGGUCGAGAAGGAUUUUGACCAAAUCUCUUCUAUUGCCAAGGAGGAGAUUGGGUGCUUCAACAAAUGCAAGGUGACACUGCUGAGAAGCUCUCUGGUCGACUGGUGUGAGAAGCAGCUCCACACAGCCCGUGAAGACCACGAGCUCUUCUCCAGGCAACUGGAGGCCUGCGAACAACUGUGUGUGACUGAAUCAACUGAAAACAGAAUUGAGUGAGGACAGACCUCUAUACACACUAGUGCAAACCCCUCACACAUUUAGAUGUUGAUCAAUACAGGCCAGUGGUCCUUACCUACAUUGAUAAAUAUUAAUUCCACAAGAAUUCUUGUGGUUGCAGUUUACACAGCAGUUCACACAACCCCCCCCCCCCCCCCCCAAAAAAACCUAAAUCGCUUGAUGUCAGAUGAACAGCUGGGAUGACAUUCAGAAGAAAUUGCACAUUUAAAAUAAAGAAUGAAAUAAAUACAAA